UCUCCUUGACACGACGCCGUCGCCGCUCGUCACCGUUCGUCUCUGAUAUCGAGACUCCUUCGAUAAUCGGAGGCUCGAAGCUUUAAAUCUCCCGAUUAUCACCAAAAGCGAAGAUUCUCGCCGGAGAUUUCAACUUGACGUAGCAAGGCCAAAGGUUCGAUUUUUAAUCUUUGUGUAAGGGGACGGUGUAUAUCCGGAAGAACAUCGGUGAAGCUUUAUGGUAUUAGGAUGAUCAUGUUCAAUCCUUGAUGAAUCAGUAUACGUCAAAGGAGAAAGAUGGGUCAUUUCGUAAUCUGAUAGGAAUCUGAACAAGAUUUAGGAUAGUUUUGAUGACAUCAGAUCAUUUUAGAGACUCAUAAGCCUGUGGAGGAGGUUAAGGAGGUCAGAUAUUUAGGAAAAGUGAAGCCAAGUGAAACGUUUUGUGUAGUACUAAUUUGUGAAGGUGAUGGGUGAUGAGAAUCUUGCUCACAAGCCUCUGGAUGAGAAGGUUUCGUUGGAUGUGACUUGUGGUAAGGAGGAGGAGAUUGUGGAAGAGCUAAGGAGGUGUUUGCCCAAAUGGGUUACACAAGAACAAGUUACAGAUAUGAUUAGAGGGACAUGGAGGAACAUUGUCGAAAUCGUUGAUAAUUUUUAUGAGCACGAGACUAAAUUCUAUGAGCAAGUCUCUGCUGUUAUAUCUUUCACUUCUGGAGAUGGGGUCAUCAGUUCGGGUAACCAUGAUGCAUUUGUUUCGAAACUGGAGUUUAUUCAUUGUGAUACCGAGCGAAAUGAAAGUUGUCAGCCAUCGCAGUUUCACAAGCUUAAGAGCAUGAGUAGUUCUCAGAAGAGCUGCAUUUCUCCUGUGAAAAGGAACAAGAAGAUAAAAGGUAAACCCAAGAAGAAAGGAAAAGCUUCUUCUAUGAUAGAAUCUGCAGGUCCAAAGCAAGCUUCAAUAACUAAAUUCUUCAACAUAGUUCCUUCAGAUGAAACCAAGGCUUAAGAGGCUCAAGAAGCAGUUUGUCUGGAUAUUUUGAAGUAAUGUGGUUAGCUGUUUCUGCAAAAUCUGGUUGAGGGAUGAACUGUUGCUUGAUGUCAACUGAUAAUGCAUCAUUGAUGCGGCAGAGAAGCGAGAAUGUUGGAUGAUUAGGAUUUGCUUGUUCAUUUUCAGCCAACUAUGAAUCUUGGAGUAUUGUCCCAUCUUCACAGCAACUAUGACCUAAAGAUCUUGCGCCAGCUUUUUUGCAAUGUAAGAAGCUCAAUGUUUUGUCUACAUUGGCCUCGUUUAGAAAGCUUAAUUAUAGAAGCAUACAUUGUCCUUGAUCAUUUUUUUUAGUCGGUGUUGUUGAUUCUGAAGAGAAAUCCCUUUUUGUUUGAACGUUAUCUAGUUCCAGACCUUAUUCUGGCAACGAACGUAUGUAGCUUAACAAAAUUCAGUGUUUGAUUGAA